AUAUCCUCCUCAUCAUCAUCAUCAUGGCUCAGCAAAUUCCAGCUCCAGUUCCAACUGCCGCACAGUUUGCCAACCCUCUUCCCGUCAUCUCCACUAAAUACUGUACACCUUACUCCAUUAUUCUUGCGGUUGUCAAAAAAGUGAUGACCAUAUCCGGUGGUGGCUUUGUUGUCACAGACACCAACAACACCGUCAUUUUCAAAGUGGAAGGAAAGUUAAUGACCUUUCAUGAUCAGCGUGUUCUGCUUGAUGCUGAUGGAAUGCCUAUUGUCACUCUUCGACAGAAGAGAAUGACUGCACAUCACAGAUGGAAUGUGUACAGGGGCAAAAGCAAAGAGCCCGGUGAUCUAAUUUUUUCUGUUCAGCGAUCUUCAAUGAUUCAAUUGAAGGCCAAGUUACAUGUGUUUUUGGCAAAUAACACAGAGAAAAAGGUAUGCGACUUCAUGGUUGAAGGGACUUGGGCUGAAAAAACAUGUGUCGUUUAUACCGGAGAUCGUACCAAUAUACUCGCCAAGAUGGAAAAGGAGACCACCAUUGGAAAUGCUCUGAUCGGAAAAGACAAGUACUCGGUGACUGUUUGUCGUAACGUUGAUUAUGCAUUCAUAGUUGCACUUAUUGUGAUUCUAGACGACAUGAACCACAUAAGCGACAGGGAUGAACUAGCCAUCAAUAUAGGCAAGACCAUGGUUGGACUACCACCGACAUUGGCUGGACUACCACCGACAUUGGCAGAUUUUGGGGCAGAUUUUGGGCUUCAGACUUUAGUCCAACAACAAAUAGAUGAUGAAGAGCAAGAGAAAGAUGAAGAUGUGCAAAAAACUAAUGAUGAAGUGCAAGAGAAAGAGAUCGAAGAGAACGAGAAUGAGAAUUGA